GUUGUGGAUUUUUUGUUUACAACUAUAAUUUGCAAAUCUAUAUUAUUAAAUCUAUCUAUAAUUGCAAAUGAACAUAAAAUCAUGGCUUCUUCCUGUAAAAUUGAGACUGGAAUGCAGUUAUUAGCUAGAUUAACUAAGCAACAAAAUAUCGAAAAGUUUUAUCCAGUUUUAUUCGAAAAUGGACCUAGACCAGGUGAAGUUAUUGAACUGUACAGUGAGAGUAACAUAAAUCCCCUGCUUAUUGAUAUCAUUUGUGAGGCAUUACUUCCGUCAUGCUUUGGAGAUUUGAAAAUUAGUAUCAUAUAUUUUAAUUGUAAUGGAAACUUCAACUAUGACUCGCUUUUAUCUUGUAUGAGUUAUAAAAUUUCCACAUAUGUCUCUGAAAACAAAACUACACAGAAUUGUAAUGACAAUAAAAUAAAUGAAUUAGUGAAGAAAAUGUUGAGUAAUAUUUUUAUAGCAGAGAUAUAUGAUGCAUCACAGUUUUACAUAAGUAUUCAUAACUUGGAAAGAGUAUUUUUGGAACAUUCUAACAUAGCCAUGAUAAUAGUUGAUACAAUUACUGCGUUCUAUUGGUCUGAACAAGCACACAAAAUAUGUAAAAUGGAUACUUACACAAAAAAAAUACUACAAAUAAUUCAGAAAGUAUGUAAAGACCAUAAACUGUCAAUUCUUUAUACUAGGCCAGAACAUUUUAGUUCUAGUAAAGAUUCAAUAGAAGCUUUUGAACCAUGCAAUCAGUUUCCAGUUCUAGAAAAAGUGAACUAUAGAAUACAAGUAGUACCAACUAAAGAUGAAAGUAUUUACAAUAUUAAUAUAAGGACCCAUAAGAGUUUAAUUCAGAGAACACUUUACAUGGACCAGGAUAAAGUUGAUUGGAUUUAAGUAAACCUAUUUAUAGUUUAUGCAUUCAAUAAAAUAAUUUCCAAAGACUCUUGAAAUCAAGAUUUCUACCUAUAUGUUAAAACACAUUUAUAUGUCUCUGACAGCGCAGACAGAAGUUAAACCUUUUAUCAUUUGCUGUAUAAGUGAUAGCUAUCUAA